AUGGACACGAUAGCGCCGCAGUCUGCUGCCCCCUGCGUAGCAGAGACCAGGAGGGCCUGGCUUGAUGCGAGUGUUCCAGCCUUGAUUUUCCUCGGAGUUUGGUUCAUGGUGUUGAAUCAAAUCGUCCGCAUCGUGUGGCAAGAGAGACGUCGCUUUCGAGACAAGCGUGCCGCCCAUCAAGCCGGCUUCUUCACGUAUCUGACGUAUCGAUUCGGCCACUGGUAUGCCUGGACACCCGGCGCUUCCGUAAAGGUCCUCCUGGUGAUGUCGGCGACCCUGCUUGUUCUUGGUGGACUGGGACACAGCGCGUUGUCCCGUGCGUCUAUUCAGGAAUCCCUGUGGCGUUCCUGGAUAUGGAUUGCAGAUCCAGACGGUGGCGAAUCUGCUCACGAAGGUGGCCACGUCGUUGGAGUGGUGGUGUCGAUUGGUGGCAUGCUGAUUUUCGCUUUGUUGCUGUCGCUGAUCACCUCCAGUUUCGAAGAGUUCCUCUGGCAUUUGCGCCACGGUUCCGUCCCAGUGGUCGAAGGCGACCACAUUGUCAUUCUAGGCUACGACUCCUCGGCUGUUAUCAUGAUCGAG